CGCGAAACCGUGCCUGCUGACAAAAGAAAAGCUUAUUCACUUCGCAAAAAAGCUGCUCGUUAUUGUUUACAUCAAGAAAAUCUUUAUCGAAAGAUAUUCGGUGGACCAUUAGCAAGGUGUCUCAGACCUUCCCAAACAGAAUAUGUGAUGAGGGAAGUAUAUGAAGGACAUUGUGGAAGUCACGCAGGAGGAAGGUCGCUGGUAAAAACGCUGAUUCGAGCAGGGUAUUAUUGGCCUAAAAUGGAAGAAGAAGCAAACGGUUUUGUAUCCAACUUGAGCAGAAGAAUAAUUUUUUUAAGUGGCUUGUCACCUGACUCCUUGACCACUAACUCUGUUGCAGUUAUAGAAAGGUUUGAAGAGCUUGAGGGCCGGAAUCCUGGAGAAACUUCUGCUGAUGACCUUCCAAAUGUUCAGAAGUUGAGAAAGGAACUCUGUGAGGCACAUUGCUUAAACGAAUCUCAGAUCCCAGAUUCUCUUCUGCAAAGAUUGAUAGCAAGUAGAAGCGAAUUUCCUCCUGUCUGUGCAAUCAUAGGAGGAAUUCUUGGACAGGAGGUGAUAAAAGCAAUAUCUGGCAAAGGAGAUCCUCUUAAGAACUUUUUCUUCUUUGAUGCCAUGGAUGGUAAAGGGAUAAUAGAAGAUAUAUCUAAUGUCAACAGCUGAGGAUGCUCUGACUUAAUGAUAGAAACCGUCUUUUAAGGAACGCUGACCUUUCUGGAGUGUCUUUUAGGUAAACCAUAUGACUAAUUACAGCUAAACUUGUGGACAUUCAUUCAACUUAGAGUUCUGAUCAGCAAAAUUUAUGAUGUUUUUGAUACUUGGGACCAUCAGUUGAGGGUUCACGUUGUCUAAUAUUCUGAAACAUGCAGUAUUAUCUCAUUUUCAGUUGUCUCUC